ACUCAAACAUCGCUCUUCAAUCCCAAACCUCCCACGCCGCCCACCACACAAUCAAUCCGCCGACACAAUGGCGCCCAUAAAAAAAGCCGGCGGCCCACGCUCCGAGCGCAAAGCCGCAAAACGCAAAGCCCAAGACGCCAUCCCCGACGUGCCCGAGGACUACACCAACGAUGCUGAACAGAACGAGGAAGUAGCAGCGCCGAAGAAGCGCAAACGUGAUGAUGACGAGGAAGCGGACGAGGGCGCCGAGGAGGGUGCUGUCAAGAAUGCGAAGAAGGCGAAGAAGGAGAAGAAGGAGAAGGAGGGGGGGAAGAAGGAGAAGAAAGAGAAGAAACCCAAGAAGACGGACGGCGAGGUAGAGGGCGAGGAGACGGUGAUGGAAGACGCCGCGCCGAAGGAACCAAAGGAGGAUGUCCCAAAGAAGAGCAAAAAAGAGCGUAAAGCAGAGCGCAAAGCCCAACAAGCCGCCGAAGCAAUCGCCAACACCAAAGCCAACCGCGCCGCCGAAGAAGCAGCCGCCGCUUCCACACCCAGCGUCGCCGCCGACGGGACCGAGACAAGCAGCAAGCCCGCCACCACCGCCGCCGCAGCUGGGGCCAAGACUCCUAAAGCCGAGAAACCGCCCAAGCUCGACAAGGACGGAAACCCAAUCAAGAAGAAGAACAACCGUAACCGCGAGAAGAAACGGCUCGCCGCCGCAACCGCCAUAGCAGCUGGUGAAAAAGCCUCCGCGCGCUUCAUUGUCUUCGUGGGUAACCUGCCCUUCUCCGCGACAGUCGAAUCCAUAACCGCCCAUUUCGCCGCCGUGCACCCCAUCUCCGUGCGCAACCUAACGCAAAAGGACGACCCUACAAAAUCUAAGGGCUGCGCAUUCGUCGAGUUCGAGGGGUACGAUCACAUGAAGACGUGUCUGAAGACCUAUCACCACAGCGAGUUUGACGAUGGGAAGAGUACGGCGAGGAAGAUUAAUGUGGAAUUGACGGCGGGCGGGGGAGGGAAUACCAAAGUACGGAAGGGAAAGAUUGCGGAGAAAAAUGAGAAGUUGAUGGAGCAGAGGACGAGGAGGAUUGGAGAGGAGGAGAAACAGAAGUUGGUCAAGAGGGGGGUGCCGGAGGAGGAUCAGAGUGGGAUUCAUCCGAGUCGGAGGGCGAGGCUUGCGUAGGGUGGGUGUAUGAAUUGCGUAGUAGUUUUGAGUUUGAGUAUGGGAAUGGAAUUUCACAUCGUCAACAAGCGGAGUAUUCGCAGAAUUUAUCCAUCAUAGUAGUCGUGUCAAAAUGUGAAAAGCCCCC